GUAGAAAGUUUUUGGUUGUUUUCGUUGAGUUAGCGGUUGUUUUGUUUUUCGAUAUUCUUCGAUGUCUGAAAUAGUUUCAUUUCUUAACCCACGGCGACAAAUCAGGUUUUUCAUUUUUCUUCGUUCAAGAAUUUAAAAGGUGGUCAUGCACAAACUCAAUUCAAGAAUUCUAAAUUUUGCUUAUACUGCAAGUCGCGAACUCAAGAACAUAGCAUUCAGUUGUUUCAGUUACAGAACUGUUGGAACUAAAACUCUGAUUAAUUCGAAUAGACUGCUAAACGAGUUGUCGAAAUCCGGUCGUAUCGAUAAAGCCCGCCAAGUGUUCGACAAAAUGCUCAGUCGAGACGAGUUUACUUGGAAUACAAUGAUAGCCGCCUACUCCAUUUCAGGAAGAUUGUCCGAAGCUAGAGAGCUUUUUUAUGAGGCCCCAACAAAAAGUCCUAUCACUUGGUCGACUCUGAUAUCUGGGUAUUGUCGCCAUGAACGUGAAACUGAAGCUUUUGAACUGUUUUGGCAAAUGCAGAUGGAAGGACAGAAGCCCAGCCAGUUCACGUUGGGCAGUGCCCUAAGGUUGUGUUCGACAUUGGGUUUAUUUAAAAGAGGUGAACAGAUACAUGGAUACACCAUUAAGACCAGUUUUGACUCUUGUGAUUUUGUUCUCGCGGGUCUUGUUGACAUGUAUGCGAAGUGCAAACGCAUUUUGGAUGCUGAAUAUCUAUUUGGGAUGUCGUCCAACAGCAGAAAUCAUGUGAUGUGGGCAGCCAUGGUUACUGGCUACUCUCAAAAUGGUGAAGGCUUGAAAGCAAUCAGGUGCUUUCAAGCAAUGCGAGCGGAGGGCGUAGACUGUAAUCAGUUUACGUUUCCUGGCAUUUUGACAGCCUGCGCGGCGGUUUCAGCUCUUAUCUUUGGGGCUCAGGUGCAUGCAUGCAUAGUUAGGAGUGGAUUUGGGGCAAAUGUGUUUGUUCAAAGUGCGCUGGUUGAUAUGUAUUCAAAAUGUGGAGAUUUCAGUAGUGCUCAGAGGAUGUUGGAAGAUAUGGAGGUUGAUGAUGUAGUUUCUUGGAAUUCCUUGAUUGUUGGGUGCGUGAGAUGUGAACUUUUCAGAGAAGCUUUGGGCUUAUUUGAAAAAAUGCGUGUAAAAGACAUGAAGACCGAUCAUUUUACAUACCCAUCUGUUCUGAACUGCCUUGCUGUCAUGAAGGAAAUUGAAAAUUCAAAAUCUGUCCACUGUCUAAUUAUCAAGACUGGCUUUGAGGCCUAUGUACUCGUUGGUAAUGCCCUUGUUGACAUGUAUGCUAAACAGGGAAACUUAAAUUGGGCGUAUCAGAUGUUUACUCUUAUUUUGGACAAGGAUGUGGUAUCAUGGACGUCUCUGGUUACAGGCUAUGCACACAAUGGCUUCCCUGAAAAAGCAAUCGGCUUGUUUCGUGACAUGAGAGUAGCAGGGGUUUAUCCUGAUCAAUUCGUAAUUGCUAGCAUUUUAAGUGCCUGUGCAGCAUUGGCAGUUUUAGAAUUUGGGCAACAAAUUCAUGCAAACUGUACUAAAUCUGGCCUUCGGUCAUCCUUGUCAGUCGAUAACGCAUUAGUGACAAUGUAUGCAAAAUGUGGGUGCAUAGAAGAGGCUAAUAGGAUUUUUGACUCAAUGCAUGCUCGGAACGUGAUUACGUGGACGGCUCUUAUAGUUGGUUAUGCACAGAAUGGUAGAGGCAGGGAGUCUUUGAAAUUUUACAAUCAAAUGAUUGCAACUGGCAUAGACCCAGACUUCAUUACUUUUAUUGGUUUAUUGUUUGCUUGCAGCCAUGCUGGUCUUGAGGAAAAUGGUCGAUCCUACUUUGAAUCAAUGGAUAAGGUUUAUGGCAUAAAACCAGGUCCUGAACACUAUGCCUGCAUGAUUGACCUCUUGGGACGGGCGGCAAAACUUGAUGAAGCUGAGGAAUUAUUGAAUCGAAUGACAGUGGAACCCGAUGCAACUGUUUGGAAGACUCUACUUGCAGCCUGUAGAGUACAUGGGAAUGUGGAACUUGGAGAGAGGGCGGCAAAGAACCUCCUUGAAUUGGAACCCUCUAAUGCUGUGCCUUAUGUUCUGUUGUCUAAUAUGUAUUCUGCAGCUGGUAGAUGGGAAGAUGCUGCAAGAAUACGAAGAUUGAUGAAAUCAGUGGGGAUCAGCAAGGAGCCUGGAUGCAGUUGGAUUGAGAUGAACAGCCAAGUGCAUAGAUUUAUGUCUGAAGAUAGAGGCCAUCCAAGAACAGAUGAGAUAUAUUCAAAGGUUGAUGAAGUUAUGAUAUUGAUCAAGGAGGCUGGCUAUGUGCCAGACAUGAAUUUUGCGCUUCACGACGUGGACGAUGAGGGAAAGUUGCUUGGUUUAGCUUAUCACAGUGAGAAGUUGGCAAUUGCUUUUGCGCUUUUAGCUGUGCCCACAGGGGCACCAAUUCGGAUUUUUAAGAAUCUCCGCGUUUGUGGAGAUUGCCAUACGGCUAUGAAAUAUAUAUCUAGGGUGUUUCAUCGGCAUAUAAUUUUGAGGGAUCCGAAUUGUUUUCAUCAUUUCAAGAAAGGAAACUGUUCUUGUGGAGACUAUUGGUAG